AUGCUGCACCAGGAGGCGCAACAGCAGUCAUGGCAGAAGAAGCGCCUGCACGCAGGGACUGCAGUCAUUGUUGAAGCUCCUGCAGCAGUCGCGAACCCAGUUUCCGGUAAAAGUACUCAUGGCGAGAAGCAGGAUAAAUCCGAAUUUGAGAUCAAGAAAGAUCAGCGAUUGCCUGAUUCUCAGCUGACAGUUCAAAUACCCCGUGAACAUCCCUCCUACGAUCAAUUCAUCGCCAAAGUUGUCGACGUUUCUCCAUCGAUAGAUCCAUCAAUUCGAGACGUGAACAGGACAUUCUUGGCCUCGCUAGAUAGCUCCGGCACCAUUAGAAUUCACACACUUCAACCGGGUCAUAAAUACAGGUAA